AUGUUAAUUAAACCAAUUACGGAAGUAAGAAACCCACGUCAUAUAAUAGACGAUGAAGAAGAUGAAACAAUCGAACAACCGAAUCCAAUACCUCAAAUAACUAUCAGCUUAGAUUCAAAACUAAAAGAAUACACUAAUAUAUUAAUUGUACCUAAUACAUUAAGUUUAUUACAAGAUCAAUUACCUAAUCAAAAACAAAUUGGAAUUAUCAAUAUAGACUACAAAGAUUUGAAGUUGAUAAAUACUGAGAAUAUUGAGGAAUAUGAUGAAGAUGAACAAUUAUACGUAUCAAUUCAAAAUGAAUCAAUUCUUAAGAAAUAUCCCAAUUUAAAAAUACCAAUUUAUGAAAUUGAAGAUACUAUAACUUUCAAUAUUCCACAUUUCACAAAUGUAAUCACAUAUAACUUAUUAUCAAAAGAAAUUAUAUCUCAAUUUAAAGUUAAAGUUGAAAACUGGGUCUUACUAUCACACUCAACAUUAAACAACAAUCAGUCAAUAAAUCAAUUAUCUUCAACCAACAACUUAGUAAAAGAUAUCCCAAUUUUAAAACCUCCACAUUCAAUAACCGGUAUAAACGCAUCAAUAAUAACUCAUUUGCCACCUUCAACAAAAUACAAUUUGUUAGUUUUGAAUUCUGAAGGUCAAUUUGGGUUUGAGAAAUCAGAUAAUGAAUCAGUUAUUAAUUCUAGUUAUGUUUUGGUAAAUUUGCUACAUAUCAAGAAUCAAAAGGAAUAUUUGAAAAAUGUAAGUUUGAAAAUUAGGAAAUUUAAUGGGUAUUCAAAUCUAGGAAUGUAUAUUUAA